CCUCAGCCCACUUGGACCAGCCCCUUCAAAAGUUUCCCUUCAUCCCUAUAAUGUCUCAGGAUCUCGAAGCUACGAAGCAGUGGGUCCGAGAUUUCCACACAGCAGGAGACUCUCUCGAUGUCAACACCUGGGCCAAGUGGUUGACUGACGACGCAACUAUCGUCAUGGGCAAUAACCCGCCGGUUCAAGGUCGUGAUAACUUCACAAAGGCGUAUUCGCACCAAGCUGGCCUGCUCAGCUCCAUGUACCACGAAUUGAUCAGUGUCGAUGUCAUCGAGAAUCGCGUCUACGACAGGGCCAUCCUGACCUACGAGAUCAAGGGAGACGACUCGAAGGAGAAGAUCAAGAUCCCCUCUAUGGUCGUCUUACACCGUACGGAAGACAAGAAGAUCUCUAAACUAGAAGUCUUCAGCGACCCAUCACCUUUGAUGGAGAGGGUGAAGGCGAUCAUGGCGGCGAAGGCUCAGGCAGCAGCGUAGAGUCGGUGUCAACGCGCAUAUGCGUAUACUCUCUAAUCGAGAACUUCUCCAUGUUUAUGAUACGACAUACCUUUCGC